UUGAGCCCGGUGGGUUAAUGCGGGGGGUCCGUCGGUGGCUGUGACUUUAGCUAAGAUAGCUAGCCUAGUGUGUUUCUGUUUAUUUAGAGUAUAAAACUUGUAUUUAUGGUGCAAAUAACGAUGCGUGCUUAAACAUCUGUGUUUAGGGGUUUGGAACAGGGGGGUGGUGAACCAGAGGAGUGGUUGGGAGAGCUGAAUAAUGCGGAUUAAAGUGGGUGUAAACAGGCUAAGCUAACGAGCUGGGGUUUAGCUGUAGCUGUAAUAUGGGGAUUUUGGCUGGUUGUUGCUGCUGCUGAGGGCUGUGUGUGGUGUUAUAGAGGCUGUAGUGAGAUAUUAAUGUGUUAUAAAUGACCCCCCUGUAGUUUAUAGCUUAUAGUAAGCUGUGUGAGGCUGGUAGCUGGCUGUGUGUGAGGCUGUUAGCUGGCUGUGUGUGUGUGUGGUGCUGAAUGUGGGUCAGUGGUGCCUGAGGCUCUGUGUGUAUCUGAGCUGCUGAGGGUCGAUAUUCUGUAUGAAGGGCAAAAGCACAGCAGCUGGACUGAGCUUCAUCUAGUCCACAGCUCUGGGAGUUUCACCACAAGCUGGGAGUUCUCAUUUUUCCUCCCGGAGGUAUUUUGAAGGAUCAGCCAUGGUGCUGAAGAUCUUUUUCCCCAAGUGCUGCAACACUGCGGACAGUGGUCUGCUGGUGGGCCGCUGGAUUCCGGGCCAGGACUCGGCUGUUGUUCUUGCCGUGAUCCAUUACCCCUUCAUACCGGGCCAGGUGAAGAAGUAUCUGACUCAGAUGAGGAGCCAGACCAAGGUGGACCUGACCGUUCUGGGUUCGUGGAGCAUGCCCAAAGAUGGCCAGGAGGGGAUGGACAGCUUCUUGAAGGACCUCAGCACCAUCUUCCCUCAUUCCCGCUGGCUUCAGCUGAGCCGUGAGAGCGGGAAGAGGGCCUUCACCUGCCGGGUGGUGCAGGAGAAUGGGAAACCCGCGGCUAAAAAGGACGGUGAUGAUAAUGAUGAUGAUGAUGAUGAUAAAGAUAAAAUCAUCUUCGUUCAUUACGAUCAGAGGAAGGUCAUGCUGUCGCAGCUCCAUCCUGUACAGGAACAGAAAGGCUCUGAGGAAGAGUCUACAGAACUGAGGACCAUGUUUCAGACUGUGGCUCAGAGCGAGCCCCUGUUUUUUCACGAUAUGUACGACGAGGGGCCGCUGAAACUCACGCACUGGCAGUCGGAGGGCAGGGAGGCCAGCAUCAUCGUGGAGCUGGUGAAGCAAGCCUCCGUCCCAGUCUGCAUAGUUCUCACCUGGCUGCUGUCUGUGUGGCACUGGCUGUGUAGCUUCAGGAUAUUUCAUGUGUGGCCGGUGCAGUUCAUCUCCAGCAAGCUGUCCACCUGUGUUCAGACAGGCUACAGAACAGAUCAUUUCCAAACUGUUUUCUCUACCAGGAAAGCCACUACACACAUGGAGUUCAUGAGGAAGGCAAACAUUUUUGUGUCCUUCUUGGUGGACAUAGCUCUGGGACUGCUGCUCAUCUCCUGGCUCUACAGAGAGAACCGUAUCAGCCAGCUCGCCAACACGCUGGUGCCAGCUGCUGAUCAUGUGGCUAAGGAGCUGCAGGAGCUGUUGGAAUGGCUCAUGGGGGCUCCUGCUGGUCUGAAGAUGAACCGGGCGCUGGACCAGGUGCUGGGGAGGUUCUUCCUGUACCACAUUCAUCUGUGGAUCAGUUACAUCCGUCUGAUGUCUCCCUUUAUUGAGAUGAUCCUGUGGUAUGUUGGACUGACUGCCUGCCUGGGUUUGACCUUUGCCCUGUCCGUGCUGUCGGACAUCGUGGCACUUCUGACCUUCCACAUCUACUGCUUUUAUGUAUACGGAGCCAGGCUUUACUACCUGAAGAUCUAUGGUCUGUCUUCCCUCUGGCGUCUUUUCCGGGGUAAGAAGUGGAACGUUCUAAGGCAGCGUGUGGACUCCUGCUCCUACGACCUGGAUCAGCUGUUCAUCGGUACUCUGCUCUUCACCAUCCUGCUGUUCCUGCUUCCCACCACUGCCCUGUACUACCUGGUCUUUACUCUGCUGCGUCUGGUGGUGGUGAUGUUCCAGGGGCUAAUUCACCUCAGCGUGGACUUCAUUAACUCCUUCCCCCUGUUCGCCAUGGGGCUGCGGCUCUGCAGGCCCUACAGAGUGGCUGAGGGAGUUAAAUUCCAGGUGCUCAGUGAAGAGCCUGGAACUCCACUGCACUUGAGGAUGGAGAUAAACCCUCUGAAAUUCAGCUCUGUGCUGCAGUGCUACCGGACACCCACUUACAGCUGCUACCCCAAGGACUCGUGGGUCGCCCUGUGCAAGAAGCUUUUCAUAGGGGAGCUCGUUUACCCCUGGAGGCAGAAGAGCACCAAAACAGACUGAAGCAAAAAAAAAAAAACACACAGUGAGAAAACGCCACCUGGACCAACAGCACCGCCAGAACCACACCCUCACCGCCUCCACCCGCGGGACAGAGGGGUACGAGUGGGGGAUUAGUGUAUUGAUUGAUUGAUUGAGUGUCUGGGCGAGAAUAGCACAUGUUUGGUACGGAAAAACACACACACUCCACACUAACUGUAGCUAACUAUAUAUUGAUCGUUUUUUCAUUUUUAAGUCAUUUUUAUACAUCAAAUUUAAAUUGACUAUUGUUUGGUUAAAAUCAGCAAUUCCAUAUUAUCCAAAAGUGUCUUAAAUACAGUUCCAGUCAAAAGUUUGGACACACCUUAUCUCAUUUUCUCAUUCAAUGUUUUUUCUCUCUUUUUGUGAUUUUUUUUACAUUGGAAAUUUAAUAUUGAAGACCAUAUUAAAGAUAUACAGGAACACAUGCUAAACAAAGCAGAAUAUGUUUUAUAGCUACUUUAGAUUCUUCUAAGUAGCACAUUUCUCUUUGAGGAAAGUUCUGCACACUCGUAGUGAGAUUUUAAUCUCAGUGUCUUCAUGAGGGAGAGUCACCUGGAAUAGUUUUCUCAGCGUCUUGAAGAAAGAAGGAGUUCCUGGAGGUGCUGAACAAUAGCUGCUGCUUUUUUUUUCUUCACGCUGUGAAGCUCCAGCUCAUCACAAUUAAAUCACCUCAAAUCACCAUCUCAGUUCAUCAGGUUUAGAUCAGGGGAUUAAUGUGGAGGAAUAACACUUUUUUUUACUGUUUACUACAUACAGUAAUUCCAUAUGUGUCCCUUAAUUGUUUUAAUGUUUUAAUAUUAAUCUACAAUGUAGAAAAUAAAUUAAAUAAAGACAUAAAGAAAGACUUUGAAUGAGAAGUUGUGUCCAAACUUUUGCCUGGUACUUUUUACUAUCAAUUAAGUUUAAUAUAAAUUAAUUCUUAAGCCAAAUUAAUUAAAACUAUUUAUAUUAAUCUUAAGACGUUUUGCGUUUAGGCUUUCAUUUAUCAGAAAUUAACAUUAAUGAUUUUUUUUUUAUAUAUAUAUAUAUAUAAAUAAUUAAUGACGCUCUAUGUGUGGGUGGAGACUCUCUUGUUCAGGUAUUUCUAACUGAAGCUGCACUGACUUAAAAAGCUUUUUAUUAAAUCCUGUAGUAAAAUAGUGUUAAAUACAUGUUGACAUUUCAGAUUGUGACUAUUUUUUUUUUUAUUAAAGAGAAUAAUGACUAAUUAAGACAUUAAUUUAAAUAAAAAAAAUGUUUUUUUUUUUUUAUUGUUUUUACUACUUUUCAUGAUUAAAAUGUGCCAUUUUUUAAUGAUCAGUGUAUUGUAGCAGAGGUUCUGUUGGCCUAAAGUCAUUUUAUCUGUUUGUAAGUGUUCCUCUGGCUGAUGGUCACCGUCUCGUCUGUGUACAGUUUAUAUGUGUGAAUCUGCAUAUUGUUAUAUAAGACAGUGAUUCACUGACCCGUGUAUUUUUUGGCCAGUAGAGCACACAGAAUCUCAGAAUCAUGGGCCAUAGUGGUGAUAGAUGUUUUAUAGCUGUGGUAAUCCGUAAACCCAAUCAAAUGAUCAGAUUGUAUGUUUCUAUGUUGUUAAUCAUGGAGAGAACUAACAAUAAAUUUACAUUUGAUUUAA